ACGAGUCACCGGUCAUUCCACGUACAACAAUCUUACGAAUCCUUCGUGUUUGUUGCUCUCAAUCGAAAAUGGUUAAAAUAACUUGUUUUUUAGUUUUGUUUAUAUGUAUGGUAUUUUAUACUUUCUGUUCUUCGAAGACAAUAAAACCUAAUGAAAUUGUGGAAUUACAAGGAAAAUUUGUUGUGGCCCCCACUCCAGUUCUGGUACCAGAGGAAGAAGGAACAGGGGAAUUUAACUUGAAAAACAUAGAUAAAACCGUAGUUAGUGCGCCAAUUGCUGCAACCAUUGAUAAUAGCCAAAUCACGCGACCCGCACAGGCGAGUUUAGAUCCAGCGUUUCUUACAAGCGAACCAACGAGGGUUAUACAAGUAGCAAGGGUGAGGACCAAUAGUGAGGUAACAACAGAGUUGAUUGUGCCAACACCAGUAGUUAACACCAAAUCAAUGUUUCAAACAACGUUGCCCGUACCUCCGCUGGAACUUAUUUUACCAGUGGGAACCGAUUGGAUUGGAGAGUUGAGGGAUGGAGGUCAAACAGUGGAUGUGAAAGCCACCAGAGCACCUUUUCUACUUUUUCCUUCAAUACCAUACUUCAGGAAAUGUUAACCUGAUGGACUUGCUCUUAAGAGGUUGGAUCAUCAGUAAGAAGAUAAACGAAGAUUACAUAAAUAGAAGUCAUAAUUCCAAGUUCAGGUCGGACGCGCGGCGGCUGGCAGUGACCGCGAUGGACCUUUGGUGUGCAGUGACGUUGGUGGCGUUUGUCGCCACCGCUGGCGCCUCUCUUCAUGACAACCACCUUGAUGAUAGGGUAGUGAUGGUGCUACCGGUGUUGGCGCCUCCCAAAGACUCCCCGACACGCGCUACUGACAGAUCCAGACAGUUCCCUAUACUAAUACUGUUGUCCCAGAGGAACUCUUCCCAAAAGUUAAGAGAGCCAGAAGCUAAGUCACUAAAUUACAAUCAACAACCUAUAUAUGUUAAGAAACUAGAAGACCAAGAUCAUCCUGGAAGGUUAAAUAGGCAAAAGCGUACCCUCGGAAAGCUCCUGCUUGGCCACGGCGUUGGGUUUUCCUUUGGUGGGGGACAUAGCUGGGGUGGAGGAGGUGGUUACGGCGGGGGCUACGGUGGGGGAUACAGUGAAGGACGCGGCUACGAUGGAGGCUAUGGUCACGGAUACCAGGAGCCACAGAAGACGGUUAUCGUUAAAGUCAUAAAAGAACAUUCUCAUAGCCACGGCGGUCAUGGUGGUCACGGUGGGCACUAUGGUGGAGAUGGUGGAUAUGGAAACUAUGGCGGCGGAUAUGGAGGAGGCGGUGGCGGUGGCGGCGGUUAUGGCGGUGGUUAUGGUGGUGGCUAUGGUGGGGGCGGCGGCGGCGGCGGUGGCGGUGGCGGUGGAUACGGAGGUAAGAAAUAUUAGUAUUUGUAAAUUUAC